AUGGCCCACGAUGCGUGGAACUCGUUAGUGUCCCGAAGAGUGGCGGACGCCACACCACCAGAAUCGCCAGAAACGACAACCGGCAGCCAAUUGCAAGGCACCACGUUCGCCGUCAAAGACAACAUUGCUACCACGGCAGAAGCAACCACUGGUGGCUCCCGCACUCUAGAAAGCUACACCAGUCCUUUUGCUGCCACGGUGGUGCAGCUCCUCGAACAAGAGGGCCUGGCCAUGGUGGGCAAGGCCAACCUCGACGAGUUUGGCAUGGGCUCUUCCACCACUAACAGCUGGUUUGGCACCACCACCAACGCACGCUAUGAGAACGACGUUCGAGUGGCGGGAGGCUCUUCUGGUGGGUCAGCGUCUGCAGUGGCUGCCAAUUUGGCCACCUUCAGCUUGGGAACGGACACCGGUGGAUCAGUGAGACUACCUGCCAGCUAUUGCGGAGUAGUGGGGUUCAAGCCAUCAUACGGCCGUGUCUCGCGAUGGGGAGUGAUUCCGUACGCCCAGACAUUGGACACGGUGGGAAUAUUGGCAAGGGACAUCGACACCGUGCUGCGAGUGUUUGGGGUGCUAGAUCGCCACGAUCCCAAGGAUCCCACGAGCAUUACCACCGAAGUGCGUGGGAAAAUUGCCAAAACAACCCCCAGCACCAGCUACACCUUUGGUGUGCCCAGCCAGCUUAUCGUGCAAGAAUUGUCCCCCGAAGUCAUUGAUCAGUGGACUUCUGUGUUGGAAAAAUUGCAAGAGCAGGGCCAUAAAAUUCGCCAAGUUUCACUUCCCAGCAUCAAGCAACUGCUUCCAGCAUACUACACUCUAGCCACCGCAGAGGCAGCCUCGAAUCUUUCUAGGUAUGAUGGUGUACGUUACGGCCAUUCGGCAGAGAGUGCACCCUCGCCCACCGAGUUGAUAACUGGCAAUAGACACGAUGCAUUCGGUCCAGAAGUACAAAGAAGAAUCCUCUUGGGCAACUACACCUUAUCUUCAAGCUCAGGCGACCACUAUUUGCGUGCAACAAAAAUCCGCGAGCAGUUGGUGCACGAGUUUAAUGAGAUCUUCAACGUGCCUUCAGUGCUAUUUGCAGACGCAAAGCCGGUUCAGACUGACAAUUGUGACUUUUUGAUAUCACCUACGGCAUUUGGGCCUCCUCCCACAGUGGAGGAGUAUUUGAAGAAGAACGAGGAGAAUUUCUUGAACACCUAUAUUAAUGACUUGAUGACAGUGCCUGCAUCGUUGGCAGGAAUUCCCGCCGUUUCUAUACCUUUGAAUGAGACGGGUAUACAGAUUAUGGGACAAUUUGGUGAUGACGAAUCGGUCCUUGCAGUUGCCAAGGAUUUGAUGGAGAUGUUUGAGUAG